AUGAUUGAGAAGUUAAAUGAGGUUAUGAAAUAAUCUUAAGAUAAUUAUGGUAAGGAGGAGGAAUAUAGAAAUACAAGAUAAACAGGAUGUACUGAAUAUUCUCAAACUUAAUCAAUAUUUUUUGAUCAACAAUUUUUGGGAUAAAGCUAAAUAUUAGUUACCUAAGAUGAAAUUUUAGAUGAAUAGUAAUCAAUGACGAUGUAUUAAAUAUUUAAUAAGAAUAGGAAAAAGCUUAAUUUGAUUUAUUUCAGAAUGAAGGGUCUAGUAGAAAGAAAAAAAUAUAUAUAUAUGAAAAAAUGGGCAAAAUAUAGAAAGCAUGUUUAUUAAGAGUUAAUGAUGACUGAAUAGGAUUACUUAAAUGAUUUAAAAUUAGUUAUUUAUAAUGUUGUACGAGCAUCUGAAUAAUUUAAACUAUUACCAGAAAAUGAGAUACAAAUAACUUUUAGUAAUAUAUGUCAUAUUUACGAAUUCAAUUAGAAAUUUUAUGAAGAACUUAAAUGUAAGAAUCUAAUAUUUAUUUAAAUUUAGAAGUAUUUGAUAAUUAUCAUCCAAAUUCUUGUUUUGGCAAUAUAUUUCAAAAAUUUAUUCCAUUUUUUAAAAUAUAUUUCUAAUAUUAUACAGAUUACAAGGAUUAUCAAAUAAAUUAUUUAAGAUAAACUUAUCCAGCGUUUAAUGAACAUUUAUUAAUUUUAGAAUAAACAAAUAUAUUUAGAGGAAUUGAUUUAAACUCUUUCUUAGUAAAACCAAUCUAAAGAUUACCAAAAUAUGCUUUACUAGUAAAAGACUUAGUUAAGCACACUUGGAAAAGUCAUCCUGAUUAUUAAAAUCUUGAAUAGACUCUAAUUGCAUUUCUUUAAGUAACAAAAAAAAUAGAUCAUUAAAUGGGAAAGUAUUAAUUUCUAUAAAAUUGUAGUAUUUUAAAAAAUCAAGCUCUUUUUGAUUUAUAAAAAAAGUUUUUUGAUGUUUUAAAUAUUAACAUAGUUGAAUCAACAAGAAAUUUUAUUUUAUCAGAAACAGUUUACUUAAAAUAGUUAUAAGAAGAGCCAGUUAAUUUAUAUUUAUGUAGUGAUAUGAUAAUUUUAUCAAAAAAAAUAGAUUUUCAUGAAAAAAAUAUAAAUGAAAGAUUAAUAACUUAUGGUUACAUUGAUGAGAAUUCAAAUUUAUAGAAUGCUUCAUCAAAUCAUUUAUAAUUAAUAUUAAAAACACAAGAUUAACAAAUAAUAUUUAUUUGCCAAGAUUUGGAAUAAUAAUAAAAAUUAUCAUCCUAUCUAAAUAAUAUCAUCAAAGCAAAACACUAAACUAUAUAUCCUAAAACAAAUUCUAUUAAAAAUAUAUAAGUUGAACCUAUAAGAGUUUUUGUUACUGAAAUAUCACGAGGAUAAUCAAGAAUACCAUUUAAAAAAUUUGCAAAAUAUGAUAUUAAAGUAUAAAUAUUUCAUAAUUAUAGGUUGUUUAUGAUAAGAAAGAGUAUCAAAUAUGGACUAGACAUAAAAUAUUGUUGAAGAUUCAAAAAAAUCUUAAAAAACAAUAUAAAAAACUUUAUGAAUCUUUGAGAGAAAAAUGUAUUUUAUUUUAAGAUUGGAUUGAUAAUAAAUUAAACAAAUAAAAAAAUGACGGGAGAAAAAUUAUUGUUGAAACAUUUUUAGAAACUCUUUUAAAUUCUGAAUUCGUGAAAUUAACACCUGAAUAUUAUCUUUAGCUUCUUGGGCUUCCUUAAAAUUUUUAUGAUCAUACUAUUGUUAAAUCCUUUUCUAUUUUAGAUUCUUCAGAUGAAUCAAAGUCUAGUUAAGAUUCAUGA